AUGAGUCGCAGAUCGUACAGUAAACUCUAUGAUGUUCGUCUGAUGUCCAACCUCAACACUCUGAGCAACAAAGUGCUGGGUCAUGCCCUCUUGCCAGAGUUUGUUCCCCCAGGCUGUCCCACAGGUGAGCGGAUUGCUGUGGAGUAUCUUCUUGCACAGUCAGACAGAGGAGACCUCUUAGGUCCCCAGCAGGACAGCGAACUGGGAGUUAUUUUGCCAGAGAUGCCAGCUAACGCUCAGGAGGACAGUCCUGAUGUCACCAUCAGUGACGUCACUGACAUUCUCUCAGAGAGCCCCCACGACAUGCUACAGUGUGAAAGCCAGUUGGAAAUGCCAUCCCCUAACAUUCUUUUUCUCCAGGAAGAAUCUUCUCCCAUGUCAUCUCAGGAAACCAGUAUCGACUCAACCCCUGCCUCUCCCACUCAUGCUGCUGCUUCAGUCGGAGGUCAGCUUACUGAUGACCACUCCUUUAGUGGACCAAAUAGCUGUUCCCAGGUGGACCAAGUAUCCCAGGAGACCCGGUGUGACUACAGAGGUUUUCCUGGAUGGGAGGCAGUUGACAGCUUGGCAGAGUACCUUUUGAGCCUCAACAGAACAAUAACUGCAUUGUCAACAACAGAGGUAGAAAAUGUCUUGCAGCUGUAUUCUAACCUGCAUGCUAUGGACAAGCAGCCUGCCAAAUACACCUUAAAAACCAAGAAGAGCACGUUACCAGGACCUUGGAGGGCUUCCCGGAAACGAAGUGGCUCUGCACCUGGUCAGCAAGCAGCUGAAAGACUCUUCAUGACCCAUGGCCAGGCUGCCCAGAGACCUGACGCAAACAGAGUGUCUGAGUGCGUUUGCCUCAAGCUGUUGAAAGAAUAUCAGCAAGCAAGAAACCGACCAAAAGACAGCAAGGGGAAGGUUUUACCCAUCCCACAAUCUAUUGUUCAAACGUACUGCCACUUUAAACAACUACUUGAGGACUCCAGGCCCAUACAGGACCAGACCAACUUGUUGUUGGUCACCAUCAACAAUACCACUGUGUGUGCUUGGCUACAUGAGCGGCAGAAGAGAACAGACAGGGACACUCUUCUCCAAGGUGUGAAUCUUCCUCCGAAGGUGUCCGUGGCUGACGCCUCCUUUCCACAAGCGAGACAGCUCCCCUCCCUUCCUGUGGAACAUGGACAUAAAAGCAUGGAGUUUAAGGAACCUGAAAACAGAGAAGGCGAGGCACUGAUCCGUCAACGGGUUGGUGGUAAAGCUGGCUCCGCCCAGCAAUGUCCUCCUUCAUACCAGCCAGGACUCUUUUCACAGGCCCCAGUUCCUGCCAGCUUCCUGUGUCCACAGACUAACCAGCCACCAUCAUCUGCUUGGUCCUACUGUGAGCAGAAUCAGAUGCCACAAGCGCCAUCCACUUCUUUGGGUUUCUGCUACGGUCCACCAGCUCCAGUUUUGACCUCAUUUGGACAAGGACAGUUCCCACCCCUGCCAUCUCCUCUGGGUCCAUUAUAUCAGUACUAUAGACCACCACUUCACUCAUCAAUCCCAGCAGCUGCUGCUGGUUCAGCAUCAUCAUCACCAUCAGAUCAGGCUCCAGCCAACAUGAAUCGCUACAGGAAGUGGAGACAGAAUAGGGCAGAAUUAGAAGACCAGGAACGCCUGGCAAGAGGGGAGCCUCCCAAAAAGCGCCAAUGGAAGCAGGACUACCACUAUCAGUGUUCAGUUUGUGGCCAGGCGAAAAACAAAAGCACUGGCCACACACAGAUUAAGGGAAAAUGGUACUGUCCAGCCUCUGGACAGACCAUUUUGGAAUGGAAAGAGUCUCUUGGGAAGCAGUGACUGUUUGAAAGAUUUUCUUUUUAGUUUUCAUCUUUUAAUAUCUCAUCAUUUUUGUUCUAGGUGUUGCUAUCUGUAUGUUUUUAGUGAGCCUUUAGGUGCUGCUUUAUACAUGUUGAGGUAUAUUGUUAGUCCUCUGUGAAUGUAGUUGUGUAAGAGUGAAUAAAUGUCAC